AACCAUCUUCUCAAAGUCAAACAAUAAUGAUAAGGCCAUCAUGAAAACCUCGAUACCACAUCUUCUCUUCGAAGAUGAACCAAAUGAACAAACCAGGUCCCAGUUUUCAUCAACGCCUUGGACCGUGAAGCUGUUUGAUGAUCCCACUCUCCGUCCCUUCGUCAGCAGUUCACGAGUCCCUCCAAAGCCACCAUCGACACGAGAAACAUUCGUUUCUCAGACUCUCUCAACAUCAGACACCAUCUCAGCCUGGCAAUCAUUCUUUAAGCCCCCUACCUCAUCAAAACCCUUCGAGGUCAUCUACCUCCUCAAACUCGGUUCAGGCCUGAACGGACAUCAUAACCUCGCCCAUGGAGGAUUUUUGUCAGUAGUGCUAGACGAUGUUAUCGGCACCGCUGUGGAUAUUGAAAGGCCGGAGGACAAGUCGACAAUGACGGCUUAUCUGAAAGUUGAUUAUAGAAAGCCGGUCAAGACGCCAGGGGUCUUGCUUUCAAGGGCUUGGCUGGAGAAACAGGAGGGAAGGAAGAUGUGGGGAAGGGGAACAAUUGAAGAUGGUGAGGGAAAUGUGUUGGCGGAUGGGGAGGCCUUGUUUAUUGUUGUCGAGUCAUUGAGACCGAAGGAGAAGCUUUGAGGGAAAGUAGCAUGAGAAGCAAGAUUUGAACUUGGAGGAGAAAGGUUCAGCGUCCGGGGAUAAGCUCUGGACCAUUCGCGUUAAAUAGUACGAUGACUAGUGGGCUUUAGAACGAUCUCCCAGCGACUGAGGGUGGCAUGGUCAAGUUCCUGACAUGAAUUAGGAGGACAUUGCGCAAGUACCGAGCGUAAAAGGCAUUCUCAUCAAGGUCACGUGAAUGUAUCGUUUUCCACAGGAUGGAUGAAAAAGUUGAAGUAAGAUCGUUCAAGAGUUAUAAAUUCUCCCCACGGAGUCUGGAGCUGGUUAAGAAGUGAACAUUGAAGUAAUGAGUAUGAUAGUGAACCAGUGAAGUCAAAU